AUGUCAAACCAGCAACCACGCCCUUGGUUUCGUUUAGCCACCCUAGCCCGAACCUCUCAACCACAGGCUCCGGUUCCAACACCAGCACCAGCACCAGCACCAGCACCAGCACCACGGCCUCAAACACAACCACCGUCUCCAUUUCCUCGACCUACCCUUACCCGACCAUUUAGGCCUCCUCCCGCUGCUAAUCAGCCUCCUCCUCCAGCUAAAGAAGCUGCUCCUGCAGCUCCGGCCUCGUUUGCCUUAACUCCUCCCCAACCCUCUGCCACUCGUCCUGCCCCUGCUGCUGCUGCUGCCACUACUCCCUCGCCUUCUCCUCCCCCCAUCACCACCACUUCAGGACCAAGAGCUCCUUCUGCCACCACUCCCACUCCAUCUCUUCCUCCACCCAUCACCACCUCCUCAGGACCAAGAGCUCCUUCUGCCACCACUCCUUCCUCUCCUCCACCCAUCACCACCACUUCAGGAACAAGAGCUCCUGCAUCCCCUCCUGUCUCUGCAAUUCGCUCUCCUGUCAUGAUCACCAGAACUACCACAACAACAACAACUCCUGCAACUCCUGUCCCUGCUAUUCGUUCAAUCACUACAACUUCAACACCAACAACUCCUGCAUCUCCUGUGACUCAAAAGUCCCCUCCUACCACUUCAAUGCCAUCACCUCCUAAACCAAAUAUUCAACCUUCUCCACCUUCUUCAACUCCACCUUCUCCUUCUCCUCCAUUGGGCCCUCGAAAAAUAUCAUUUCCUUCCAUGAAACAAGUCACUCUUUCUCCUCCGAAAUUACCAUCUACUCCUUCACCUCCUAAACUCUCAUUUUCCUCCAACAAUCAAAUCAUACCUCCUAUGCCACCAACUCUUUCUCCUCCACUUAAAGCUUCCUCUCCACCAAAACCCUAUAAUGGUGCUCCAUUUGCAUCAUCAAAAUCAGCUAAUCCACUUCCAGAAACUCCUCCUCAAUCACCAAAGAACAAACCUUAUGUUUCUCCUCCAUCUCCCUUUACUCUUCCCCCUUCACAACUCAAGUCUGAAUUCCCAACUGAAGCAGAAAAGAAUACAGUCCUUGUGCAGGAAACUACUGCAGGGAAGCCGAAAUCUAUUCGCCAGAAACCUCAAAGUGGAAACUAUGCCAAACCAAAAGAAAGAGACAUUUAUAACAACAAGAAGUUAUCAACAACAGAUUCUGAGGAUAGUAGUAGUAGUGGAAUGAGAGUCAUAACCAUUACUGGUGAAAACAAAGGUGCAAUCAUGGAACUUGGGUUUUCCUCACCCAAAAGACAUGGUUCUUCUUUGAAUAGUUCUCACAAGAUCAUAAAUGGUGCUGACAAAUCAGAGGAAAUGUCUAAGCUGAAGCAAGGUAAGGGUAGUAAUCGUCAUAAUAAUGAAGAGGUGAAACCGGUGCAUGCUUACACCAACAGUAAUGUGCAAGGAAUUAAUAGCUCUAUCAUCUUCAACAGUACCUUAUCACACCAUGAUCCUGGAGUUCAUCUUUCUGUCACACGAAACCCAUUGAACGGUCAUGGUCAUGGUCAUGGUCAUGGUUUACAGCUCAAGGAAAAAGAACAAUGGUUUUCUGAAUAG